AAAGAAAGAAAAAAAAAAAGAAAAAGAAAAAAAAAAGAAAGAAAAAAAAUUAUCCCAAUCCACGCCUGCAAAUUCUUCUGGAAGGAUUUUCCCCCUCUCUCCAGGUUGGGUGCGUUUUGGUGCAACAUUCUCGGGAUCCGUGGCUUUGCCUCUCCCUCCCCCUCCCCCCUCCUUUCCUUUUUCCUUUCCUUUCUUCCUUCCUUUCCACCCCCCACCCCCACCCCAAACAAACGAGUCCCCAAUUCUCGUCGGUCCUCGCCGCGGGCAGCGGGCUGAGGCUGCGCGCCGCGGUCGCCAGGAGCUGGGAGCCCAGGGCGACCGCUCCUCGGCGCAGCAUGUUCCAGCCGGCGCCCAAGCGCUGCUUCACUAUCGAGUCGCUGGUGGCUAAGGACAGUCCCCUGCCCGCCUCGCGCUCGGAGGACCCCAUCCGUCCUGCGGCACUCAGAGGAGGAAGAGGAGGAGGAGGAGGAGAAGAAACCGGGGGAAGAGGAGGAGGAGAAAGAGCCGCGCCCGCCGGCAGGGGCGUCUACUCCAACCCGGACUUGGUGUUCGCCGAGGCGGUCUCGCACCCGCCCAACCCCGCCGUGCCAGUGCACCCGGUGCCUCCGCCGCACGCCCUGGCCGCCCACCCCUUGCCCUCCUCGCACUCGCCACACCCCCUCUUCGCCUCGCAGCAGCGGGACCCGUCCACCUUCUACCCCUGGCUCAUCCACCGGUACCGAUACCUGGGCCACCGCUUCCAAGGGAACGACACAAGCCCGGAGAGUUUCCUUUUGCACAACGCGCUGGCCCGAAAGCCGAAGCGGAUCCGAACCGCCUUCUCCCCGUCCCAGCUUCUAAGACUGGAACACGCCUUCGAGAAGAAUCACUACGUGGUGGGCGCCGAGAGGAAGCAGCUGGCACACAGCCUCAGUCUCACGGAAACUCAGGUAAAAGUAUGGUUUCAAAACCGAAGAACAAAGUUCAAAAGGCAGAAGUUGGAGGAAGAAGGCUCAGAUUCGCAACAAAAGAAAAAAGGGACGCACCAUAUUAACCGGUGGAGAAUCGCCACCAAGCAGGCGAGUCCGGAGGAAAUAGACGUAACUUCAGACGAUUAAAAACACAGAACCCCACAGACACGGACAACACGGAGCGAAACAGACAGGGCGAGGAGGGAAAGAAGAGAAAAACCCUAUAAGAUAAAAAAGCAAACCGCACACACAUUCACCGGGAAAGGGAGAGGGGUCAGAGGGAGCCAUGGCGCCCGUCGCAGACUUUGGGCAGUGAGGUAGCAGGAGUCCCAAUCGGAGGCUGUGCUGGAGAUCGCAGAAGACGGAGGCUCCUUCAUCAACAUGCAACCCUCAACUAAAGAGGCAGCUGAGUGAGUGAGUGAGAGAGACAGAUUGAGGGAGAGAGAGGAGAGAGAGAAAGACAGAGAGAGAGAGAGAGGGAGGGAGAGAGAACCGACUGUUGCCACGCCGAAUGCGCGCACUGACAAGGGGAGCUGUCAGUCAGACGCCAAACCAGCGAGACAAGAUGAUUGGCAGGUAUUCCGUUUAUUGCAGUCCACUUUAAAAAAAUGAUGAUGAUAAUGAU